AUGAAGUUUAUGCAAACUUUGGUUUUGCUCAUGACAGCAACUUUUCUAACAAUUGACGCAGUGCCAAAUAAAUAUACUGCACAUAAAAUCUCAUUGAGAAAAGUAGGUCCUUCCAAAUCGUAUACUUGGCUCCAAAUUUCAAAACUUUAUAGAAAUAGUGCAAUUGUAAAGUAUUCUGAGAACAUAAGAACAGCAUACAGUAAAGGUUUGGUUGGAGAAGAAGCAAUUCGAACUUUAGAAGCGGCCAUUACUCCCGUAGUUGAUGAAGGCUUUGACAUUGGAUAUCACGGACCAAUUAAAAUAGGAGGACAACCAUUUGAUGUAGUUUUUGAUACUGGUUCAGCUGAUCUUUGGGUGCCAGCGCAAUCAUGUACUAAUGCAGCUUGCAAAAAACACAAAUCUUAUGAUCCGAAUAAGAGCAAAGGAUUUACAAGCGAUAAUACGACAUUUGACAUUAGAUAUGGUACUGGCUCAGUGUCUGGAAUCAUCGCAAAAGAUGACGUCUCAUUUGCUGGUGUAAUAAUAAAAAAUCAAAUUUUUGGACUUGCCACAAAAAUGUCAUCGGACUUUAAGACAGAUGAAGCUGAUGGAAUACUCGGAAUGGGUCUGGAUAAAUUAAGUUCACAAAAUGCAAAAACACCUUUCUCUGAACUUGUUGCACAAAAUUUUGUUAAAGAUCCAAUUUUUGGUUUUUUUCUCGGACGCCAGAAAGAUGGCAGCAACAGUCAAUUAACUCUUGGUGGUGUUGACUCUUCAAAAUUCACUGGUCAACUCAACUAUAACAAACUCGUGGGUCAAGAUGGUUUCUGGGAAAUCGCUUUAGACGAUGCUAGCGUCAACGGCAAGCCUCUUGGAUUCAGCAAAAGAACUGCUAUUAUUGAUACUGGAACGACUCUCCUCAUAGUUCCUCCCGCGGACGCUGCUGCUAUCCACAAAGCAAUUGAAGGUGCCGUUUUUCAACAAGAUGAAUACCUUGUCCCAUGCAAUACUAAAGCCGUCGUUGCUCUCACUUUCGGUGGAGUUACCUAUAAAAUUUCAACAAAAGAUCUUGCUCGUGAAAAAGCAAAACAAAAUUUGUGUCUUUCUGGUAUUACUGGUGGCAAUGUCGGUGGAGCUAACCAAUGGUUAAUCGGUGAUACUUUCCUCAAGAACGUGUAUAGUGCAUACGAUAUCAAAAAUCUUGCUGUUGGAUUUGCUCCAAUUGAAUAA